AAGCAGUCUGCAGCCGGCCGAGACGGUCCUCCCGAACAGAGAUUCCGCCGAAAUUUUAUUCACCUUGGCACCCUUGAGACUGAAAGCAGGUUCCUGGUUCGCGAGAGAUUACAAACGAGAAAGAAAAAGGGUCUUGCGGGCAUUCAGUCGUUGCGAUCACAAAUAUACGAUGUGGCAGGACAUUGAGACGGUCAUCCUGGGCGUGGGUGGACCCCCGAACCCGGCCAGCAUCUCGCCGGUCACCGACUCGAAGCAGCUGGUCAAGGAUGACUCGUCGCCCUCGUCAUCCCCCUGCUACUACAGCAGCGACACCCUGCACGACCCCCACCUCUCCGACGGCAAGGGUGACCAGCAGGUGCCCAACUUCACCCCCGACGAGUACCCAAAGGUCAAGGUAGAACCGUCCAACGAGUCCUAUCUGCGCCCCCAGUACCACCCCUACCACCCUUACUCCUCAAAUAAUCAGAUUUAUCACCCCCACCACCACCAGUCCUACGGCCAGAUCACCCCUCCGCCGACCCCGGAGACCUUCAUGUACAGCCACCCGCACCACUCCUACCAUCCGCACCCCCAUCAGGCGUACAUGGGCCACUUCAAAAUUCUCACCCCGCCGUCGAGUCCGCACGUGUACAACGGGCUGCACCAACCCCAACCCCAGCGGCCCUAUCCGACCCCGCAGGCGGCCACCCCUGCCGGAGCCGCCCCGCCGAAGACUCGGCGCCGACGCAACUGGAGUCGGAGGAAGGUGGUCGUCCACACGUGCACCCACCCUGGCUGCAGCAAAACCUACACCAAGUCGUCGCACCUCAAGGCCCACCUGAGAACGCACACGGGCGAAAAACCCUACGUGUGCAACUGGAAGGGCUGCUCUUGGCGGUUCGCCAGGUCCGACGAGCUCACCAGGCACUACAGGAAGCACACCGGCGACCGACCCUUCCAGUGCAGACUCUGUGAAAGGGCCUUCUCCAGGUCGGACCAUCUGUCGCUGCACAUGAAGAGGCACAUGGCUAUGUAAAAAGAAGUACAUUAUCAAAGGAGGAUAUUUUCCUUUUGUUUAAAUCCUAGUCACUUUGAAAACAAAUCGGAUUUGCAUUUUAUUUUUAUUUUUUAAUCAAAUAAUUAUUCAUUCUGCUCGGCAGAGGAACUGCACAUUAUCAUUAUUUAUCGCCACUAACAUAUUGUAAUUUAUGAAUAUAUUUUUAAGUGAAAACACCGUUUAAUGUUCGACGAAUUAUAGGUUUUAAGCCACAACGACUGUUUGUAAAUAAAAAUAUAGGUUGACAGCCUGGAGGCUGGUGAUUUUAAAAACAAAAAGUUUUUUACUCUGUAAGAUUUGCGAAAUUUUAUAAAAAUGAGGAAAAUUGUAUUUUAGUUUUAUCUUGGAAUUUAACAUUAUUUUUAUAAAUGUUUUGCAACGCUGUUCUGACAAUAAAUAAAUGUUUUUAAUUC